GGAACAUCCAAAGACCAAGCCCAGGGCGCACAAAAGCAGUUCUCUUCCUCUCUUCUUUCCAGUCUUCUUUCCCUACUCUCUCGGCUCUUCACUCUACUGCUUCUGCUAUCAAUAUCUUACACUCCAAGAAAUCCCAAAAUUCCUCACUCAGAGCUCUCACUAAUCCCAUAAUCUCCAAAUUCUCUGAUUCUUUUCAACAUGGCGACUAUCUCCGACAUUCAAGAAGAACCGGAACAGCAUAAUCCUUCAACCUCAUCCCCUUUGGAAUUCUCUUCUGGACCCUUCGACGAAAUCUUGAAUCCUAUACUCAAUCAAGAAGGACCUCUUGGGAUUAUAGAGACAGUGAUGGACUUCGUUCGUCGGAAAUCGGAUUUACUCAAAGACGAUUCAGUGGAGAAGAAGAUUUCAGCCAUUGUUUCUUCUUCCAAAGAAAUAGAUGCGCAGGAGAGGAAAAAGAAAGCUGCGGAGACAGGGAUGGAAGAUGCAAGAAAUGCAGAGCAGCGGCUGAAAGAAGCAGAAAUGAAGGCCAAUUCUCGAGUAAAAGAACCCGAACAUGUGAAGGUUGAGACCAAUGCUAAGGAAAACGGAAAUCGGCGAGAGCCAAACAAGGGCAAUGGUUUGGAUUUGGAGAAGUACUCUUGGACACAAACCUUACAAGAGGUUACGGUUACUAUUCCAGUUCCUCCAGGAACCAAAUCACGAUUUGUUGCUUGUAAUAUAAAGAAGAACCACCUGAAUGUCGAACUUGAGGGUCAACCUCCCAUAAUAGAUGGGGACCUUUACCAAUCUGUUAAGGUUGACGAAUGUUUUUGGAGUAUAGAGGAUUCGAAGUAUAUUUCUGUCCUUUCGACGAAGCAAAAUCAGAUGGACUGGUGGAAGUGUUUGGUGAAGGGCGACCCUGAAAUUGAUACUAAGAAAGUGAAACCUGAGAGAAGCAAGUUCUCUGAUCUGGACCCCGAAACCCGACAAACCGUGGAAAAGAUGAUGUUUGAUCAGCAUCAGAAAUCCAUGGGUCUUCCUACAAGCGAUGAGAUCCAGAAGCAAGAGAUUCUCAAGAAAUUCAUGGCUGAGCAUCCAGAUAUGGACUUCUCAAGAGCAAAGAUAUCAUAGAUCUCUUGAUACAUAAACUUUUUUGGUCUAAGGGACUUGUAAAAUGACGAGUUUGAAAUGAGGAAAAACAAAUACUAAAAGGGAAAGUAAUAGUAGCUUCUUCUGGACCAAGUCCUUUAUAAAUGAUGCAUUCAAAGUGCUCUGUUUAGAGAAAGCUGCAAAAUAAUAUGGCAUGCCAUAGAGAUUCUGGUUCUUGGUUGUAAACAAGGCAAAUACACUAGUAUAUUCCCAUGUACUACCGUUAUCAUUCAUGAGGUCAUACACAUUCUAAAAUAAGGAACCUUCAUGUAA